AUGUCUCCAUACCAGAUUAUCUAUGGAAAGUCAUGUCAUAUACCAGUAGAACUAGAGUAUCAAUCGUAUUGGGCGGUUAAGAGCUGUAAUGCUGAUUUUGAGGAAGUUGGUCUAAAUAGAUUUCUUCAAAUUCAAGAACUAGAAGAGAUGCAGUUAGAUGCCUACCAUAGUUCUGACAUUUACAUGCAGAAGACCAAGCUUAUUCAUGAUGCCAACAUUCUCAAGAAGAGGUUCAAGAAAGGUGACAAAGUGUUAAGGUACCAAGCCCGGUUCAAAUUCAAAGAGGGAAAAUUCAAGACAAGCUGGGAUGGACCCUAUAUCAUGAUUAAGGUGCAUGAUUUUGGGAUGAUAGAGCCGAAGGAGGAGGCCACGAGCAAGGUGUUCCAGUGCAAUGGUCAUCCUCUUAAACUCUAUAAAGAGCCCACACAACCUCUAUGA